GGGAGAACGGAUGGCUGGGGACCCCGUGAACCUCGCCGCCCGCCCGCGCCCUGGUUUCUGAGACUUUGGGAAACGUGUUGUUGGCCGACACGUCCCAGAAACUGCUUGCUUUGAAACAAGAAUAAGUGCGAAAAGACUCUUGGCAACGUCAUGCCCUUUGCCAUUCCGCGGAGAAGCGAAGCUUUGGGCCGAUUUACAGAAUGAAUCAAGUCUGCCAGCAGGACUUUUGCUCAUUGCUGCCUUUUCAUUUUUGUAAUUUGGUAAAGGGUUAAUGUUAGUUUCACCGUGUAGCUAUUUAAUCCUUCAGACACCUAUUUGGAAACAAAUAGAUAAACGGGACUUUACGAGACCAGGGAUUUUCAAGAUGAAUUAUACCGAGUCCAGCCCAUUGACAGAAUCGAUUGCAAUAGGUUUUACACCUGAGUUAGAAAGAAUCAUACCUGUGCCUUCCAAUGAGACCACAUGCGAAAACUGGAGAGAGAUACAUCACCUCGUUUUUCAUGUAGCAAAUAUUUUUUUCACGAUUGGGUUGGUUAUUCCAACCACCCUUCACCUUCAUAUGAUACUCCUUAGGGGAAUGUUAUCUAUAGGAUGUACCCUUUAUAUUGUCUGGGCCACUCUCUACCGAUGUGCCUUGGAUAUCAUGAUCUGGAACUCCGUAUUCCUGGGUGUCAACAUUUUGCAUCUGUCAUAUCUUUUGUACAAGAAAAGACCGGUAAAGAUUGAGAAGGAACUCAGUGGCAUCUACCGCCGACUGUUCGAACCACUCCGUGUGCCUCCAGAUCUGUUCAGAAGAUUAACCGGCCAGUUUUGCAUGAUCCAAACCUUAAAAAAGGGCCAGACGUAUGCUGCAGAGGAUAAAACCUCAGUUGAUGACCGUCUGAGUAUCCUUCUGAAGGGGAAAAUGAAGGUUUCCUAUCGAGGACAUUUUCUGCAUAACAUUUACCCCUGUGCCUUUAUAGAUUCUCCUGAAUUUAGAUCAACUCAGAUGCACAAAGGUGAAAAAUUCCAGGUCACCAUCAUUGCAGAUGAUAACUGCAGAUUUUUAUGCUGGUCAAGAGAAAGAUUAACUUAUUUUCUGGAAUCAGAACCAAUUCUAUAUGAAAUAUUUAGGUAUCUUAUAGGAAAAGACAUUACAAAUAAGCUCUACUCAUUGAACGAUCCCACCUUAAAUGAUAAAAAGGCCAAAAAGCUGGAACACCAGCUCAGCCUGUGCACACAGAUCUCCAUGCUGGAAAUGAGGAACAGCAUCGCCAGCUCCAGUGACAGCGAUGAUGGCUUACACCAGUUUCUUCGGGGCACUGCCAGCAUGUCCUCUCUCCAUGUGCCAUCCCCACAUCAGCGGGGCUCUACCAAGAUGAAGCCCAUCGAAGAAGGGGUAGAAGAUGACGACGAGGUCUUUGAGCCCGUAUCUCCAAACGCACUGAAAGUCCAUCAGUUACCCUGACCAGAGAGAGAGGACAAGGGAUCUGGAUGGACUCUGUCUUGAAGAGAUCCUGAAAAAUACCAGCCCUUCCUCAUGGCUUCUUGAUUAGUCUGCUGUAGAACUGGUAGUCUGAGGGCUGGGAAGUGAGGAAGGGUCAAAGAUGGGAAGGUUGUUUUAGCUCUCCUUUUUAUUGAUCAGCUUUUUAAGCAAUUGUUUUACUGAGCCUUCUGACUAAACCUAGUUCUAUUUUGAGAUAUAUAUUUUCACAGUGUUUUCUAGAUAUAUUAUUGUUUUACUUAGCUCUCUGUCAAUGCAAAUGCCUUUUCACUUUUUUUUUUUUUUUUCCUGAGUUGUGGUUCAUUUUCCUCACAGUUUUUUUUUCUCCACUGUGGCAAUGGGGUUGUCCACUUGAUAGGUUUAAGAAACAGUGUAAGUUCGAAAUUGAGGUUGAGGUAUCAUUAAAAGGCAUGGAGUCUCGAGCGUUGUUCAACUGAAUUUUUAGCUGGAAGAUUGUAAAGAAAGAUGUGAUUUGGCUGGUGUUUAUUUUUCCUCCCAGGCCAGACACAUUACCCCACUAGAUCACCUUACUUAUUUGGGCAUUGUGUAGAGAGCAGGAUAAUGAGCAAAACUCAUCAGCCUUGGCUCAUGUUACCCUUAUAGUGUGCUGGUACAAUCAGGUCUGAAACCAAAGCUGCAAAGAAAACAGAUGGAAGCAGUUCAGAGCUCAGCUUGACCUUCUGCAAAAAUCCAGCUCACCUGUGAUUUGGAGCCAUCUUGUCCCACACACCCUGGUGUGGGGAACACCUUACUUGUGGUAGGGUGUCCAGGGGCUAAGCAAGUGUCAUAGAAUGAGGCGAUUGAAAGAGCAUUUUCAUUCUGUGGUCUGAAGUUUCAGACAGUUCCUCCAGAGCCAUAGAUGUUUCCUUAAAAUGUGCCAAAUAGCCAGUGCUGGGGAUGCAAAUGUGAACAGAGCUUUGGGGGCAGACCAAAGCCAUGUCAUGGGCACCCAACCUAGAUGUUGCUGUGAGGGCCUUGACUGUAAAUCUCUCUUUUCUCCUGGAAUUGUGUUCCAGGAAACAGUGAUGGGAAGUGGGAAGUUGGCUGAAAUCAUUGGUCAGACUGGUCAGUGUGACUGAGGCACUCAGCUGGGAGAACCCCUUUGAUCGACUACACUACGUCAUACGCCAUGACGAUUUUAUUUCAUCCACUAGAACCCAGUUGAGUCAGUCCUCCGUUAUAUUAAAUAGCUAGAAAAAGUUCCCAAUGAAAUUACUUUUGGGUAAGCUGAGCCCAAAGCAGCCUGUCUUGCUAAGAGGUGAUUUCUCUCAGAGAAGGUAGAUAAGCUACUCGAGGGUCACCUCCCUUUCCUAAAUCCACUUUUUAAAGGCUAAUUAUUUUAGUAAUUUCACUGGAGUUAAAUUUUCAUGCUUGGUCCCUCGUUAAGAAAAUUUCCACCGACGGGGGAUCCAGCUCCUAACAUCUCUAUCAAAUGUUGCCUUAUUAGUGCCACAGUGGAAAGGCUGAUUUCACUUCACCUUAGCACGGCCUCUUUAGUUUCCUAAAUUAUCAAUGUAUUGGGGGAAAUGAAGCACAGGUGAAUGACAGCCUUAGCUUUAAGAUUGUAGAGGUUCAUUUGGUCGGAGGUCCCUUGCCUGCCUGAGACCCCACGUGCGGUACCUGUAACUGAUGGCGCUGGUACUGCUUUCCUCUAACUGUCGGGGUAAGGUCAUGUGGACCAUUUAGUUUCCACAUGCAUAAGACUAAUUUGCAAAAUCACUCUAUAAAGUAAUUAGACAUGACACCCUUCCCUGAAGAGAAAGUAAUUUUAGAUUCUGCUGAGGCCACGUUUGUAAUGUUCUAUGGAUCCACAGAAGCUUGGGGUUUCUUAACCUGACCUAUGUUCAGGUGUGUCGAGCUGAGAUCGUGGGAAGGGUCCUCUCUAAUGACCAAGCUGCGCGUGUUGGGAGGCUAUUUUCUGCAGCACCAGGAACAAACAUUUUUAAAGGCACGCUGCUAAAACCAGACGAUUGGAAUUCACUGUUUAUUAAAACCCAUGUGUGCGCAUGUGCGCACAUCAGCGCCAUUCAUAACAGAUUGUAAUCUCGAGCUGAGGAAUCUUAAAAGAACCACUUAGCCUGGAUGGGAAACAUGAACCUAUUUUUAAAUACACACUUCUGAGGAAGACAAUGAGGCUUGGAGAAAAGGAGGUGCCGGCCACUGGCUAGCCUUCCCGCCCUCCCACGUCGACUCGAUAGCAAAGAAGCAGAUAAGAAGACAGAAAAGAGUUUUAAGUUCUAAGAUCUCCUGUGGAUGGCUUUGAAUUCAUUUAUACCAGUGAACAAGUGUAUCUUUGUGAAAGGCAUAAAUACAUAGACAAAAAAAAAAAAAAAGCGUUUGCUGCCAAAGCCACUGAUAAAAUGCUUCUUGUGUUUUUUGGUGUUCACUUAGCUGUGUGACCGAAGCUCAGAAAAUGAUCUCCAAAAAUUAUUCUAUAUAUAACCCCACAU